AUGAAUAUAAUUGAAAAUCCAUCACCAGAAUUUGAACGUCAAUUUAUUCUUGCUAUCAAUGCACGACGAAAAUUAAAAGGCAAUAAACCAAAAUUUGUAAUAACUUCAAAUCAAGUAUUAUCUUCAAAUGAUGAUUAUAAAAAAAAUCAAGUACUUUUAACUGUUAAAAGUAUUCAAACAUUAUUACUUAGUUGUAAUGAUAAAUCUCCACGGGGAUAUGAUGCAAGUUGGUGUAAAGUUUUACGUGUUCAAAAACUUCAACAAAUUCUUGUUAUUGUUUUAAAUGGUGUAACAGAUGAAAAUUAUAAUCAACUGAAAGAUACUGAACAUUUUCAGCGAUGGAAAAAAUUAUUUACUUCGGAAAAUAUUUGUCAUACAUUUCGUUUUCAUACUCAAAACAACAUAUCACUUCUUGAACAAUUUAGUAAAAUUGCAGCAAAACCACGAUCUAAUAAUCAAUCUCAAGAUCAUUCAUUAUUAAAAACAAAAGCAGAACAGUUAAGUAAAAGAAAACGUUCAUUGAAUGAUGAUGACGAUGUUGAUGAUGAGAAUAAUAAUAAAAAGAAUGAAACAUCAAUACAAACAUUUCAAAGACCUUGUGAUGAUCAAUUUUCGCGUGUAGAUUUAGUUUUAAAUUUAAAACAAUUAAUUAGUGGAAAUUAUCCAUGUCCAAUGUAUAAUCAAUUUAAAAAUUUUAAACAAAUUAAAUCUUCAUACAAACCAAUAACAUCUACAAGUAGAAUAUUUGCAUUGGAUGUUGAAACAUUUUCUGAUAUGAUUAAUAAUCGACAAAUUCCAUAUUGGAUUUCUAUGGUUGAUGAAAAAUUAAAUUGUAUUUAUCAAACAUUAAUUAAACCAAAUGAAAAUCAAUAUAUGAAAGACUAUCAACAACGUCGUGAACAAGUUAUCAGAAGUGUUCCAGAUAUAACUGAAAGAACUUUAUCAGAAGUUCAUGAAGAUCUUGGUAAUUUAUUUGAUGAUGAUUUAAUAUUAGCUGGACAUAGUAUUGAAAAUGAUCUUAAAUAUUUACAAAUUUAUUAUCCAUAUAUUAUUGAUACAUCAAUUAUCUUUAAUGUUAGUGGAUCAAGAAUAGAAAAAGCAAGUUUACAAAAACUCUAUGCAAUCUUUUUUGGACGUUUAAUACAAAAAACUCGUCUUGAACAUGAUCCAACAGAAGACGCACGAGCUACAAUGGAACUAAUACAAUUAAAACUUUGUAAAAAUAUUGAAUUUGGUGAUUGGUUUCUUGGUGGUGUUGAUCAAUUAAAAGUUUUAGGAAAUUUUGAUUCAUUAGAAUUAAAUGAAAAUUUUGAACAAUGUAAAACAUUUUUAGCACAAACUAAAUUUGGUUUACAAGAAGAUUUUUUUAAGAAAAUUAAACAACAAAAUAAAGCUUUGAUUAUUGAACAAACAGUGAAUAAAGUAAGAACUUCUUUACCAACAACUGAAGUUGAUUCAAAUCGUCAAGCUUUUAAAACAUGUAUGAAACAAAUACCAACAAAUGAAUUUCUUUGGCUUCAAUUUUAUUGUUCAUCAUUAAAUGAUGAUGAACAAUCACUCGUUAAAAUAUCAAAAUAUAUUAAAAAGCUCUAUCGAUCGUUACGAGAAGAUUCAAUAAUUAUUGGAGUUUUAUCUGGUCAACAAGAACAUUUUGGUAGAUGUUUUAUUAGAAUUAAAGAUGAAGAAAAAUAUAUUCCAUUAAUUAUCGAUGGAAAAGAAUAUCCACAUGAUUUAAAAUUAAUUAAAACAAAAUGA